AUGCCAAACCGCCGCCAUCUUGUCCACGGGCCCGUCUCCGCGGCAACGGCUGUGGGCGGGGCCUCCGGCGGCGCGAAGCACGCCGGGAAAUCAUUAUCCAUGUUUGGAACAACUGUUGGUCUUUAUGGGAUACCCUGGUGUGAGAAAUCCCUGCUGUUAACUGUCUUAAUGUCAGUUAUUGGAGCUUCCAUGGGAAUUCUAGACACAGGUGGCAAUGUGCUGGCACUGAAUACCUGGGGAGCAGAGGCUGGGCCACACAUGCAGGCCUUACACUUCAGUUUUGCUGCCGGCGCGUUUGUGGCUCCGAUCCUGGCUAAAAUGGCCUUGGGAGGCUCCGAAUCUAAAGACUUUCCAGUGGCUGAAAACACAAACCAGUCUGUCUGGAGGUCUGUGCCGACAGCAUCAGCUGCGUCAGCACUGAAACACCGUCUUGGUGCAGACUUUUUGUGGUCCUAUGUUGUCAUAGGGACCUAUCUUCUGUUUGUUUCGUUCUUCUUUUUUAUUUUGUAUUCAAAGGGCAGCUCAGCUCGAGACAAAUCCAAGGCUUCUUUGCAGAAGUGCAUGUUUGCCAAAUACCACUAUGCCCUUAUCACUCUCCUGUUCAUCUUCUUCCUCUUCUACGUGGGAGCGGAGGUCACUUAUGGCUCUUACAUAUUUACUUACGCAAAGGUCUUUGCCGAGAUGAAAGAAAACGAAGCAGCCGCUUUGAAUUCUGUUUUCUGGGGUGCGUUUGCCGCUUGCAGAGGAGUGGCAAUAUUCUGUGCCGCGUGCUUGUACCCUGGCACCAUGAUCCUGCUGAGCAUCGUAGGCUCUGCCGUCUCCUCUUUGUGCCUGGCCUUCUUUGCGAGGUACCCAGCCUCCCUGUGGGUUGGAACCGCCGUGUACGGAGCGUCAAUGGCCACCAUCUUUCCCAGCGGCAUUUCCUGGAUAGAACAGUACACGGUCGUGCAAGGAAAAUCGGCUUCUCUGUUUGUGAUCGGCGCCGCGCUGGGCGAGAUGUGCAUGCCUGCCGCCGUGGGGUAUCUUCAAGGGAGGUUUCACCACGUCCCUGUGGUAAUGUACACCGCCGUGGUGACUUCUGCAAUGACAGUUAUACUCUUCCCGCUGAUGUACAAAUUGGCCAACUCUCCCGGUGAGAGCGACUUGAAAGAAAGGAGUGAGAGCGAGGACCGGAAAGCUUUGUUGUCAAACUCGGGGCUUAAUGAGGACGAAGAGGAUGAGGAGGAUGCGGGAGAGUGGAACGAAGCAGACUUUGAGGUGAUAGAAAUGAAUGACACACUGAGAAACUCUGUGAUAGAGACCUCCCGAAAGAUACCAGGGGACUCUCCAACCCCAGUCUCUCUCCAGCCCCAUCUGGACGAUGUAUUGUGCAAUUCUCCAGUGGUUGCUGGGGGCUCCCCUGGGAGAAAAAACGUGAAUGUUGACCGGGAGAAGAACGAUUAA